AUGGAGUCACAUUUGAACAGUUUCGACAUUGACGCUCCCCGGUGGGACCAGACCACCUUCAUGGGCCGCCUGAAACAUUUCUUCAACAUCACGGAUCCUCGGACGAUUUUCGCUUCGGAGCAGAUGCUCGAUUGGGCCAAGAUAAUGGUUGAAAAUAGCCGGCGCGGGACCGUGCCUCCGGGCACCAACCUGGAGCAGCUGCUGUACGCCAAGAAGCUCUACGACUCAGCCUUCCACCCGGACACCGGGGAAAAGAUGAACUUGAUCGGGCGGAUGUCCUUCCAGCUGCCGGGAGGCAUGGCCCUCACGGGCUGCCUGCUGCACUUCCACAGAACGCUGCCCGCCGUGGUUUUCUGGCAGUGGGUCAACCAGUCCUUCAACGCGCUCGUCAAUUACACCAACCGCAACGCGGCCAGCCCCAUCUCGGUCCGGCAGAUGGCAGUAGCCUACGUCACCGCCACCAGCACCGCCCUGGGCACCGCCCUGGGGCUGACCCUGUACACCAAGAAGGCCCCGCGGCUGGUGGCCAGGUGGAUCCCCUUCGCCGCCGUCGCCGCCGCCAACUGCGUGAACAUCCCCAUGAUGAGGCAGCAGGAGCUCAUCAACGGCAUCGUGGUGACCGACGCCGAUUCCCGGGAGCUGGGCCAGUCCCGCCGAGCCGCGGCCGUGGGCAUCUCCCAGGUGGUCAUCUCCCGCAUCACCAUGGCGGCUCCCGGGAUGAUCCUGCUCCCGAUUCUCAUGCAAAGGCUGGAGCGGCUGGACUUCAUGAAGAAGAUUCAGGUGCUGCACGCCCCUCUGCAGGUGCUGCUGGCAGGGGGCUUCCUCGUCGUCAUGGUCCCCGUGGCCUGUGCCCUCUUUCCGCAGAGGUGCGAGAUGUUGGUCUCGCAUCUGGAAGACGAGCUCCAAGAGGCCGUCAGGGCGAAGCGUGGAGACAUAACUUUCGUCUACUUCAACAAAGGCCUCUGAACUGCCUCCUCUCGUCUCCUGGACCCCCAGGCUCUCAAAGCUCCCUGUCACA